ACUUCAAGCUGAUUUAGCUAAAGAACGUGCACGACAAGAAGAACAAAAUGCUAAUGAACGUUUAAAACAACAGAGAUUACAACAACAAGAAGAAUCUAAAGCUCGGCUACCAGAAGAACCGAGUGACACAGAAAAAAAUAUUACACGAUUAAAAAUUCGUUUACCUAAUGAUGAAGGUGUACUUAUGAGACGUUUUCGUAUUAAUGAUACUCUUCAAGUAUUAUUCGAUUAUCUCACAACUCAAGGACGUAUGUUUGGUGAAUACAAACUUUUAACAACUUAUCCUAAACGAGAUCUAACCACACUAAAUCAAUCAGAUACAUUUGAGCAAUUAAAAUUAUAUCCACAAGAACAACUUAUUCUCGAAUCUUUGUAA